CGCUGCCGGGGGCGCUGCGCGGGCUGCACGCCAUGGCCCAGCCCGGGCAUCGCCAGGCGCCGCCGACGCCACCAGCAGCGGCGCCCCCUCCCGUCCAGCGGGAGCCAAGAGCGGAUGGCAGCCAGUUGUGAAUGCUUCUCCUCCUCCUCUUUUUUCUUUUUUCUUUUUUUACCCCUCCUCGGCAAGGAAUGCUGCGGCUGUGGAUGGUCCAGAAAGCUUUCCCGUGGAAGGAGCCAGGAGCCAGCGACGACUGGGCUAAAAUAACCAGACUGGGAAAGGGAGAGUGACGGGUGGCGGCUGUACGACGCAGGGACCUGCAUGAUCUCCACACAUUGCUGUGCCUUGUUGAGAAGUAGAGCUAUAGAAGUCCCCUUGGCUUUCUGCGCUGCAUGUCGUCGUCUUGGGAAGAAUUAAGAGGCAGCCACCGGCAUCUCGGCCUGGAAAGAGAGAGCGAGAGAGAGAGAGAAAGAGGGAGCCUGGGAGCACCAGGAAAGCAAUUGCACGUCAAGAUCCGUCCGCAAACAUCUGUCUUAUUUCUGCAAUAAGAACACCAUCGUAAAGUAGACUUCGGUGGGGGUGGGGGGCAGAGAAGAAGCAGAAAAGACUCCUAAGGAGGAUUUUCUUCCUGCAGUUUUUCCGCCCCUGUAUAUGCACACAUUUUCCCCUUCCCCACGCACACAAGCGCAUUCACACACACACACACAAACACGCCAACCAUGAUGUUUCGAGACCAGGUCGGAGUGUUGGCAGGCUGGUUCAAGGGCUGGAACGAGUGCGAGCAAACUGUUGCGUUGCUCUCCCUGCUGAAGAGGGUGAGCCGGAGUCAAGCCCGUUUCCUGCAGCUCUGCCUUGAGCAUUCCCUGGCCGACUGCACCGAACUCCACAUCCUUGAGAACGAGGCCAACAAUCCUGGAAUCAUUAACCAGUGGCAGCAGGAAUCAAAGGACAAGGUGAUUUCGCUCCUGCUGACCCACCUGCCUCUGCUGAAGCCGGGGAACAUCGAGGCGAAAGUGGAGUACAUGAAGCUCCUUCCCAAGAUCCUGGCUCACUCCAUCGAACACAACCAGCACAUAGAGGAGAGCAGGCAGCUCCUGUCUUACGCCCUGAUCCACCCUGCCACGUCCCUGGAGGACAGGAGCGCCCUGGCCAUGUGGCUGAACCACCUGGAGGACCGCACAUCGCUGGGCACCUACGGGAGCCAGGGCAGAGGCCGGUCCGACUCGGUCGAUUACGGGCCGUCGCACUACUAUCACCAAAGACAGAACUCGGACGAUAAGCUCAACGGGUGGCAGAGUUCGCGGGACUCUGGCAUCUGCGUCAGCGCCUCCAGCUGGCAGGAUAAGAACCUAGGCUGCGAGAACGGCCACCUCCCUCUCUAUUCCUCCUCUUCCGUCCCCGCGACAAUCAACACCAUCGGAACGGGCACGGGCACAAUUCUCUCGAGCCAGACCCACCACAGCCCUUUGAAACGGUCUGUGUCCCUUACCCCGCCCAUGACCGUCCCCAACCAGCCCCUAGGACACGGGUGGCUGUCACAUGAGGACUUGCGAGCUAGAGGACCGCAAGGCAUCCCUUCCGAUCACGCCCCCCUGUCUCCUCAAAGCAGUGUAGCCUCUUCGGGAAGUGGUGGGAGCGAACACUUAGAAGAUCAGAACUCUGCGCGUAACACAUUCCAGGAAGAAGGGAGUGGUAUGAAAGAUGUUCCUGCCUGGCUGAAGAGUCUCCGCCUCCACAAGUACGCUGCCCUUUUCUCCCAGAUGACGUAUGACGACAUGAUGUCACUGACCGAGUGUCAGCUGGAGGCACAAAACGUUACCAAAGGUGCAAGGCACAAGAUUGUGAUCAGCAUCCAAAAGCUAAAAGAGAGGCAGAACCUUCUCAAGUCGCUGGAAAGGGACAUCCUUGAAGGGGGCAACCUGCGGGUGCCCCUGCAGGAGCUUCACCAAAUGAUCCUCACCCCCAUCAAAGCUUACUCUUCUCGGAACCUGACGGCGGACGACCGCAGCCGGGAUCCUGAGCCCCAUCGCACGGCUUCCCUGAUUGGCUCCGACGGCCAGGGGCCCGACUGCAAGGACUCCGCCGCAGGGGGGAUACCCCACCACCACCUGCCAGGCUGCGAGGGGGAAUCUGGAGGGGCUCCUUUGCCCGAAGGGGACAUCCCAGGGCAGUUUACUAAGGUGAUGGGCAAAGUAUGCACCCAGCUCCUUGUCUCCAGGCCGGAUGAGGAGAAUAUCAGCUCCUAUCUCCAGCUGAUCGACAAAUGCCUAAUUCACGAGGCGUUCACAGAGACGCAGAAGAAAAGGUUGUUGUCAUGGAAACAGCAGGUGCAAAAACUCUUCAGGGCUUUCCCUCGGAAAUCCAUCCUCGAUCUCUCGGGGUACCGGCAGCAGAGAACCCGAGGUUUUGGCCAGUCGAACUCCCUGCCAACAGCUGGAUCUGUAGGUGCAGGAAUGGGCCGCCGGAACCCGCGCCAGUUCCAGAUCCCCUCCCGGAACCUGCCUACCACGCGGCUGGGCCUCCUCGGCUCCAGCGGCCUUCUGGGAGCCAGCCAGCGCAGCACAGCCACCAACCCCACCAUCCUGAAGCAAGGGAGACAGAACCUUUGGUUUGCAAACCCUGGAGGGAGCAACAGCAUGCCCAGCCGGACUCACAGCUCUGUGCAGAGGACGCGCUCGCUGCCAGUGCACACCUCUCCGCAAACCAUGCUUAUGUUUCAGCAGCCAGAGUUCCAGGUACCAGUGACAGAACCUGACAUCAAUAAUAGGCUGGAGUCGUUGUGCCUCAGUAUGACAGAACAUGCACUUGGAGAUGGUGUCGACAGAACCUCGACGAUCUAGAAGACGGAGGUGUCUGCAGUGAGAACGCUGGCCGUCGGCAAAUUGGGCUGCUGGACCAGCGGCAAAGUUGGCAGCGAGUCCCCGGACGUGUCAAGGAUCCCUGGAGAUAAUUUGCAACCUUUCCGUUGCCAUUUUCCUCUCUCUCUGUCUCUCUGUCUGUCUGUCUCUUGUCUCCUCCUCUCUCCAUCUCUGUUUACAUUUUGUAAAAGGGUCACUUAUAUUGCUGUUAUGCAUCGUCAAGAAACAGGACUGGGAUCCGCCAGGUUUAUGAUUAUGCACAAAACAGAGAAAUAACAUUGGGUGGGGAGCGAAAGAUGUCGGAGGGCUUCCUCAGAGGAGCAGGCCUCCCCAACCGUGGCUAAGGGCAAGCCUCUUAGCAGCCAAAUAAUACGCUCGGAGCAUCCGUUGGGAACGGGCAGCGGGGGUGGCAGACGGAACCGCUCCUCGCGAAGAAAGAGACUUUCUGAAAUAACGUCACCGAAGCAUGAAGACGACGACGCAGAGAGUGACGCGUCGGCCAUCUGUAAAUAGGAGCUGUGUUUCACCGACAUUCACUGUUGUGAGCUGCAGUUGUUGUCCGGGGGGCGGCAGCAGCGGCGGAAAGGAAAUUAAAAAGGCCAAACUAAUUUCCCUCCGUUGGCGUCUGAAAGAGCGGCUUUGGGUUCUGCGCAUUGUUUACACGAAGGCGGGCGGAAAAGAGCGCAGCAGGUGUGCAGAGCGCGCCCCCACGAACGCCUCUUCCUCCUCCUCUCGCAGUGUUAAGUUGAUGAGCCGGCGGGGUGGGCCAGUCCCAGCCCCCUGGCCUGCCACUUGGGGGGGCACGUAUCGCGUGGCCCAGACUCCCUUGCCAGCACCCCAAUCUCGCCUGCCACGUUCUCCCCAGGAUCAAGGGUGCUUCCACCAGGGAAACCGCAGGCACAGCGAGAGAGGGGAGCAGAACAAGGCCCUUUGGUCUUGCCAGAAUAAUUUUGCCGCCGCCUGCAAGGACUCGUCUCGCUGACGUAAAGGAUCUUUUGCAUGGCAUUUUUGUGUGCGCGUGUGUGUGUUUGUGUGUGUGUGUCUUAUAGCAGCAGGUUUGCCUUUGAAAAUAACUGCCAAGCUAUUGCUUCUCUAGAGGGGGCCGCGGGAGGCACUUGCGGGGCUUUUUUCUUGACUUUCCAAGCCGGGGGCGGAGCAGGGCGCCAAAGGAAGGAAUGAGAUUUCUCGCAGGGCAGGCAGGAGGAGCUGUGUCUGGAGGUGCCGCAGAGAAGCCUCCGCUCCUUAGAUUGCGUCUGUGUGCAUAUAUUUGUAUGUAUGUGUGAGAGAGAGAAAAUAGAAAAGAUGUUGCAUAUGGACUCGUGAGCUCACGUCCUAGGAGGAAGAGAACAUCUCAGAGAUGUUUCUCUGGGAGAAUGAGAGAACCACGUCCACUCAGAGACUCAUCUUGCUUUUGGCUUGGUACCUGAAGUGUAGGGUGGCAAUGGGACUCGGCUCAUUGAGCAACACAGGCAGUCUUGUGUCUUUUCAGUCUUGUGUCAGACUGAAAGCUGCUGGUUGGGUGGCAGCAGCCAGGAGUCCAUUUGGACCACCCUAUUUCUAGGGCCCAAGCCCUGUCUGCUUGGCAUUGCUUGCCACUCAAGUGGAUGGGUCCAGUUGGGAACCAGAAGUGUUGGGGUGGGAAAGGGUCAGGUUGCCUAAACCAGGCAUCCCCAACCUGUGGCCCUCCAGAUGUUUUGGCCUACAACUCCCGUGAUCCCUAGCUAACAGGACCAGCGGUCAGGGAUGAUGGGAAUUGUAGUCCAAAAUAUCUGGAGGGCCAAAGGUUGGGGAUACCAUGCAUGAAAUCACUAGUACAUCAGAUUUCUCCCCAAGGAAGCCAUAUAACAAGCUGCAAGACCUACCGAGACCUGGGUCAAAUCCUGCAUUGUUGCGUUAGCGACUGGUGCCCGUUGGGAAUGACAGGGUGGGCAUCAUGGAGCCCAACAGCAGGUGGCGCCAGAGCCAGUG